CUAUGUCGACUAUAUAUUCUGUGAUUUGUAAUACCCGUUAAUAUUUGGUGGUAAAUAUCAAUUGGAUUGGUUGAAUGAUCAUGUUGUUCAAAUAUGAAUGAAUGUCAUAAAAUGUGUUUCGUAGAUUGACGUAUUAUUUUAAUUACUUUAUACAAAAUGAAGUAUACUUGUGACUGCAUGAACGUAACAAUUAUAAUAGAAAAAUUGUUCAGACAAAGCGAAAAUAACCGCCGUUAAUAAAACGGUAACGAGCCUGCGUGUGAAAUUCAAAUAUGUCAGAACGUGUUUAAAUUGUCGUUACCGUGUAAUAUAGACAAUGGAAGAUUUCAAUGACAAUGUAGAUGGUAAAUUGGCUUUUAGAAUGCGAAAAGUCAAUCCAGAACAGUUUCAUACUCUUGUCAAAAUGCAUUUGUCUUUUGAAUUGGAUCUCAAUACAGAAGACAAUGAUUGUAUCAAUGAAAAGGCAAAAUUAAAAAAAUGGGGUAUUUUGAGCUUCGCAAAGAAGCCUAAGUCAACAAUUAAUUUACAAAAAGGUAUAGAAGGUGCUAGUUUGUCUGAAGAUGGAAUUAAUCAAGUGAAACAAUUAAUAGAGUAUUUAUCCCAGGAACAAAAUAUUAUACAAGAGGGUAUAUUUCGUCGUACUGGUAAAUUAACAAGACAACAAGACUUAAAGAUGACAAUGUAUCAAGGCGUUUCUUUAAAUCUCAAUGAUGGUCAAUACAGUGUUCAUGACUGUGCAUCUGUAUUAAAAGGAUUUUUAGCAGAGUUGCCAGAACCUUUGUUGUCAGAUUUGCAUUAUCCUGCACAUUGCCAAAUUGCUGAAUUAUAUGGUUCUGACAUGAGCAACAAUGAUGCAAGGUUAUUAAGAUCUCUUCAGUUGCUUUUGUUACUUUUACCCCGUAUGAAUAGAGUAUUACUCAAAUAUGUUUUAACGUUACUUAAUAAGACAGCUAGUUUUGAAUGUAAUAAUAAAAUGAAUUGUGAUACACUUGCAACGCUUUUCACUCCACAUUUGAUGUGCCCAAGAAAACUGUCACCGGAAGCUUUACAUAUUAAUUCUCAGAAUUUAUCAUGCUUAGUUGCCUUUAUGAUUAAAAAAGGAGUUGAUUUAUUUGAAAUUCCACCAAAACUAGCUACAGACAUUAGAGCAUACUGGGUAGAACAAGAAAGGAAAUUGUUGAGUCCUAAAAACACAGAUCUAAAUGAAUCUAUACCAGAUACAACAGGUACAGCUCAUACUGUAUUUAGUUUUGUAGAUCAUAAAUUAACAGCAAAAGCAAAUUCUACUCAAGAUACCCAAGCAGCUUUAGCUCAACUUUAUGCUCAUAUACAAGCAAUGCCAGAGUCAGCUAAAAAACGUAGACUAGUAAAACAAUUUAACAAAGAGAACGGUCAAGGUACACCAAGACAAGUUAAAAAUAUCAGGACUAAGAGUCUUGGAGACUCAAUCAAGAAACAUAUUUUUCAGAAAAAGCUCUUGGGGCAUAAAAAAUUUAUUGAUUUUAAUAUAGGUUGCAAUAUUACUAGAUCUAGUAGCGAAGAAAAUAUGUUAUCAUCGAAUUUAGAAAAGUCAAUGCUUGACACGAAAGUUCUGUUUAGUAAAUCAGAUGAUGAACUUAGCAUGGAAAACUGUGAUACAAAUAAUGACAGUAGUCUUCUACAUACAAAACAUAUUAGUAAUAGUACUGGUAGUCUUAAUACUCCUACAUUGAGAAAUUACAAAGACAAAAGAAAGGCUAUGUUAAUGAGAUUCGCAGAUAUAAAAGAAGAAAAACCAGAUGAAAAGUAUUAUGAUUGGAGUUUAAAUAAUUCAUCUAAAAGAGAUAAAGAAAGUUCUGAUAUAAAUGAUUCCAUAUUUUCCAAUAUUGACGAUGGAAGUAUUUCUUUGCACGAAGAACGAUUUAAAACUGGGAAUUCAAAACACGAUAGCGAUACUGUAUCUAAUAUCAUGAGAUUGUCUAGGCAACUCAGUGAACCACCGGAUAUGUAUUCUUCUCAGAAUACUUUAUAUGAAACGAGAGAAAAUGAAUUAGUAAGACAAAGUUCAGAACCUACAUUGUCAAUGUCUAAAACAGCUAACGUAGAUAUGAUUUCUUCUAAGUGUUUUGAAGACAACAAGAAACCACUGGUACAAUCAAAAAUGGAAUUAAACUCUGAUAGUGCAUGUGUUCAUUUAUCUCCUAUAGUCAAAAAUAGACUUUGGAAUGUAUAUGUGACUCAUACAUCGACACCAUCAAAUCUACUACGUAAAAGUUUAGUCACUAAUGAUUAUAUGUUAACUCCUAUUACUAACAAUGAUAAAAGCAUGAGUCCAAUUACACAAAGUGCUACUAAAAUGACAAAAGCUAUGCAGGAAACAAUGAUGACACCACGGUCCAGAAAACCAGUAAUGAUGGUUUCAGGCUCAAACCUCUGUAACCUUGCCAAUGUUAAUAAUAGUUGGAGUCAAAAUGUGUCUAACAGCGUACGUGGUUCGAAUCUCGAUAUGGUUGGACCAAUAAACUGUAUUUCAAUUUUGGAGGAAUCUCAUAGACCUAAUAGUAUAGGCAGUGAAAUUAUUUAUGGAGAAAGCAUCGAUUUAGAAGAUAAAGAAAAUUUUGACAAAGAAGCACAAGAGAAACAGAAGUUUAUUACAUCCAUUGGUGAUGACUGUUGCGCAGUUACUCAACAAAGUACAAUGUCUAUAACGAGUACGUUUAGAGAGUAUUUGCUGUCUAGAAGUGUUUUAACUGCUAGUCCCGUUGAUCUCAGUUUCACUUCACGUACAGGAGAUUUUGAACAAUCAGAGUCCGACUUAAAUAUUUUAAACGAAGAUGGUUUUUCUGACAGUUUACUUUGCUGCUUAAAUGGAAAUACGCCGGAAUCUGAUACUUCUGGUAUUGCAUCUGGAAGCACUAAUAGUGCAAGUAAUUCCUCAGAAAAAAAUGAUGAAAUUAAAAGUUCACCAAGAAAACGUGCAACAAGUUUGCAACGUAAUGAUUCGAAACGAUCAGUGAAGGAAAGCAGAACAGUGAAAACUGUACGAGGGCAAGGUUUUAAGCACAAACAACUAAGCGAAUCAACGCUAAAACCGAUAAAAGUAAAAGACACGUUUCAAGAAACUUCGUUUUGAUGUAAAAAAUCUCACGCUCAAAGCAGAAAUCAAAAUCAACGUAUUUUAACACUAGAGUGUUAAUGAUACGUUAUAUUUUGUAUCAGUGUGCAAAAAUAUACCUUUCUUUAUGUUACUAAUAUGUUUUACAUAGUAAAAAUAAUAUUGACAAUAAUUAAUAAUAUUAUCAAAACCUACAAUACUGAUAGGUUUAUUUAUCAAUGGCAUUUAAAAUAACAAAUUCUAAAGUAUAAGCAAACAUAUAAAUUUCUGUCAACAUUUUUUUUUGCGCGUUCAUUUACCAUGAACAAAAAAAUGUAAUGUGAUCAUGUGAUACACAGAAAUUCAUAAUAUUUAAAUAGCAACUGUUUUGCGCUAAAAGUUGAUACACUUAUUUUAUAUACUACUUAAAAGUUUAUAUAUGUAUAUUUUGUUAAAUUAUUAAUCCCUAAAUACAUUUUUUUUGUAUAAGAAUAACGUAUGAACAUUUCUUUUGCAUAUAGCAAAGGUGUUGAACUGGGAGCUCGCGAAUUUUGUAGGGUUUUUCCUUCGCGGAGAAUUACUCUCUCACAAACGUUUCAUAAAACUGUUCACGUACACGGUUUCAGGCAUUCGUAGGGUAGAGAUAGUAGUUGGGGAACCACUGAUUGGAGUCACUAGUUUGAGGAUAGACUGACACCUCUGCUCUAAAAGAUUAAUCCAGGACUCUUAAGGGAAGGUUCUUUAAACUCACAAACCGAAGACUUUAAAUAAAAAGUUCUGAAGUUAAUAAUAUCGCUAAAUGACUCUUAGCAAAUGAACCUAUGAUCCCUUUGUCAUAUUUAUUAACUGUAUAAUAUAAUAUUUAUUAACUAUUUUAAACCAUGUCUGUUUGCUAUAAUGGACUUUAAUAAAGUGAAUAACCGUUGUUAACAACCACAUAUUUAAUUUAUAAAAUUGAUAAUCUCCGUUCGGCUAAAGAAGGUUUCUUCUU